CUGGGCACCGCCCCUCCCUUCUGCGCCGUCCCCGCCUCUCCCGGGUGUCUGAUACGGCCCCAGCCCCGCCCCGCAGCAGCAUCCCUGCUCCUUCUUCCCAACCAACCUGCGGCCGCGUCCUGCUGCCUCUCAUCCCCCCGCCGCCGCCACAGCCAGCCAGGAAGGAAGGAAGGGAGGAGGAGGAGGAGGAGGAGAGCAGCAGCGGGAGGAGAGGCCUGCCCUGCGGAUUCGCAGCCAUUUGGAUUUCCCAUCCUGAUCCCUGGAGCUGAGUGCAGGACAGUGAGGGCGGGGGGGACACAGCCCACGUACCGGGCUCCCCCAUCUGUCACCCGCAUCGUGCCCCGGGCUGCUGCAGAGAUGAUGCCGACUAUAUUAACAGUAUUUCUUAGCAACAAUGAACAAAUAUUAACUGAAGUCCCAAUAACGCCUGAGACAACGUGCCGGGAUGUUGUGGAGUUUUGCAAGGAGCCAGGUGAGGGGGCGUGUCACCUGGCUGAAGUUUGGCGUGGGAAUGAACGGCCUUUGCCAUUUGAUCAUCUGAUGUUCGAGCACCUACAGAAAUGGGGACCUCGUAGGGAAGAGGUGAAGUUCUUUUUGCGCCAUGAGGAUUUCCCAGCGGAGAGCGGUGAGCAGAAUGCUCGUCAAGCCCCAAAUCAGCGGAAUAGUCUGACGGGAGAGAAGAGGCUGGAAAACGGGGUGGGGAACCCACGCGUGGAGCUGACUCUUACGGAGCUGCAAGACAUGGCCUCCCGCCAGCAGCAGCAGAUAGAGAACCAGCAGCAGAUGUUGGUAGCAAAGGAACAGCGCCUGCGCUAUCUAAAGCAACAGGAACGCCGUCAGCUGCAGUCCGUUUCUGAAAGUGAGAAACUGCAGAAGCUGAAGGAGCGCGUGGAGACCCAGGAGAACAAACUGAAGAAGAUCCGUGCCAUGAGAGGCCAAGUGGACUACAGCAAAGUCAUCAAUGGAAAUCUGUCUACUGAAAUCGAGCACAUCAGUGACAUGUUCCAGGAGAAGCAGCAGGAGCUGCAGGUGGCGGUGCUGAAGGUGGAGCAGCUCACACAGCAGCUGGAAGACCUGCGCAAGGGGAAGUUAAAUGGUUUCCAGGCCUACAACGGGCAAAUGAGCGGGCCGGCUGCUCUGGAACUGAAGAAGCUAUAUCAAGAGCUACAGAUCAGGAAUCGUCUCAACCAGGAGCAGAACACGAAGCUCCAGCAGCAGAAGGAACUGUUAAACAAGCGUAACAUGGAGGUAGCCAUCAUGGACAAGCGUAUUAACGAGCUGCGCGAACGUCUCUACAAGAAAAAAGUUGAGGCACGUCAAAAAGAAAACAUUCCCCUCAAUCGCAUCAACGGAACGCCAUCUCCCCAGUCCACGCUAUCCGCGUCGGGGCGAGUGGCAGCAGUGGGCCCAUACAUCCAAAUCCCAAGCACAGUGAAUUAUCCUCUACCUGCUGAUCCGGUAAAGCCUCAGUCUUUGUCGCUCGCUGCUAGCGGAACGCACGCCCGCUCCAAAUCUGCUAAUGACGCAAACUGGCCGACGCUGAAGCAGAGCGCGAUAUCCGUUGUGAAAACGCCUCCUCUCAGCACCGCAGAGAGGAAGGAUUCGAGUGUGGAGGCCGGGUUCAAGGCCGGACCUAUAUCCAGCCAGCCUACCUCUGCUGCCGCUGGGCCUGCGGAGAAAUUGCCUGGUGAUGCUGGGAAGAUCCCCUCUCCGAUGCCAGGACUGAGUAAAACGCUGCCCCAUAGCUACGGCGUGUACCAGGGUCCUCUUCCUUUAAGCGCUACUAAUUCUUUGGAAAGGAGGAAGGACGGAAGCUUGCCGAGACCUGGGUCUGGGCCCACCACCCGCUCGCGGCCUCUCCCGUUACCGCCGGCGAGCAGCGCCCACCCUCCAGGCUCCUCGCAGCAGAUACAGCAGAGGAUUUCUGUCCCUCCGAGUCCCACCUACCCACCGUCCUCUUCCCCCUUGUUUCCCGGAACGGACGCUAGGCCUGACCCUCCUUUAACUGUGGCCAUUCGACCUUUCCUGGCAGAAAAAGGAUCGAGGCCGCAGUCUCCUAGGAAAGGACCUCAGACCGUGAACUCCAGUUCUAUUUAUUCCAUGUAUCUUCAACAAUCCACUCCGCCAAAGAACUAUCAGCAAGCUGUAUACAACACCCUGAACAAGUCCGUCAAAGCAGUGUAUGGGAAACCUGUUGUCCAGCCUGGCUCAUCCAACUCCUCGCCCCUGCCUUUCCUACACUCUGCCGGGCCUCCCAGUACUGACAAAGAGGCGGAAGCAGAGGCCGCUCCACCUGCAGGAGAGAAUGGUGGUGUGGAAAACAUUCCACGUCCCCUGAGCCCCACCAAGCUCACCCCUAUCGUCCACUCUCCAAUGAGAUAUCAAAGUGACGCAGACCUGGAGGCCCUCAGGAGAAAACUUGCCAACGCUCCGAGACCACUAAAGAAAAGAAGUUCUAUCACUGAACCAGAAGGUCCAAGUGGUCCCAACAUACAGAAACUGCUUUACCAACGCUUUAAUACCCUGGCUGGGAGCAUUGAGGCCCCACCUUUCUACCAACAGUGCAACUCGCAAGACUUUGUUGGCGUCUUGGCGGAUGUGGACAAUGGAAACGCUGGCACUAACGGUAACAUUGAGGAAGCGGUUUCUCUGCCGCCAGCUGCUCUCCCCCCUACACCUCCUCUUCCCCAACCGCCGCAACCGCCCGAACCACAGAUCCCCGCGGACGACAACGACAACAAAGUUUGCUCGCCUGUCACAGAGGAACAGAACAGCAGCGAGAUUAUAAAUCCGCUUUCAGAAACCACAGAGGACAACAACAAUAACAAUCCAGCCAUAGUCCCUUCCAUUGAGAAGACGCCAAGCCCUGUAAUAGAAGUAGCAUCUCCGGUGAAGGAGGAAGUUCCGACACCACCUAGUGUUCCGGCACAGGCACUUUCUGUCAAACGAACUAAUCUGAAGAAACCAAACUCUGAGAGAACUGGACAUGGUCUCCGAGUGAAGUUCAAUCCCCUGGCACUGCUGCUGGAUGCGUCACUGGAGGGAGAGUUUGACCUGGUGCAAAGGAUUAUAUACGAGGUGGAGGAUCCCAGCAAACCCAAUGAUGAAGGCAUCACUCCUCUGCAUAACGCUGUAUGCGCCGGGCACCACCACAUCGUCAAGUUCUUGCUGGACUUCGGUGUCAACGUGAAUGCGGCAGACAGCGACGGCUGGACUCCAUUACACUGUGCAGCGUCAUGUAACAGCGUGCACCUCUGCAAGAUGCUUGUGGAAUGCGGCGCGGCCCUCUUUGCUACCACAAUCAGCGACAUCGAGACCGCCGCAGACAAGUGUGAAGAGAUGGAAGAGGGAUACAUUCAGUGCUCCCAGUUCCUUUAUGGAGUCCAGGAGAAGCUGGGGGUGAUGAACAAGGGUCUGGUGUACAGCCUGUGGGACUUUGAAGCACAGAAUGCCGAUGAGCUGUCAUUUCGGGAAAGUGACGCUGUCACCAUCCUAAGGCGCAAAGACGACGUGGAGACUGACUGGUGGUGGGCUCGCCUCAAUGAUAAGGAAGGAUUUGUGCCCAAGAACUUGCUGGGGCUGUAUCCCCGUAUCAAACCAAGGCAGAGAACUCUAGCGUGAAUAAUAGAACCCAUCCCUUCCUCACACUGGAAAAUGUAAAGCAUGUUCUGGAAACACUACAUGAUUCAGCUGCAAGCCAAGUCCAGGAGCCCGGACAACAUUUCACAUUCACCGCAUCUUGUACAAAGAGUCACAGUCCCACGUUGUAUUGGAAGCCCCUCGUGGUUGGAGCAAGAGCCCGGUCUCCUCAUCCUCUGCACAGUGAUCCUGUCGAAUAUUUGCAGGGAAUAUUUCAACAUGGACACUGUGCAGACUUCCUGUCCUCCCGGUACAACGGCCGUGUCCGCGUUGUAAAUAAGAAGACCAGGUUUAGUUUUCUGCGUUUUAUUCAUUCUGCCUGCUUCCUACCAGUAAUGUUUUAGUGCCUGUGCAUAUAGUAAAGGGCGCUCCACCCCAGUAUCUUUACCUGCAAUGGGCACUGCAACUCAGAUGUUUUAAGUUUUGCUUGCCCGAAUCUUUGUGCCAAUCAGAAGUGCCCGAUGAAGUUUUGUGUCAAACACUUGACAGAUGAGGAGGAAUCUGUAUGUAGAUGGAUGACUGUGAGGGAGAUGAGAAAGAGGCGUGAAUGGAGCGCAAGCAGGCUCGUUAAACGAAGCGUUUCAGAAUUGCAGGAAGUGUACAGUGAUGAAAGGAUUGACAGGUUGUCUAGGUUACUGAUGGAACUUGGAAGGGGCAGAACGUUGUUUGCACUUUGAUCCAUUUCAGCAUUUACACAAGUAGCUGUAUUAUAUGGUGCAUUGUGUGUUGUGCGCCGGGACCCCUACCGUCGGGAUUGUAACCGCACCCCGUACAAAAAAAAUGGUCCAUGCAGAGUAGUUUGCUUACCGUAGAUUUUCAUUUAGUAACUACAGUACAUCCGAUACAAGCACUUCAGUGGUACCGUCGUACUAGAACUUAGCAGAUGUUUUACUUUUAUUUCCAAAAUGCACUUGAGACAUCUCCAAUUUAAUGUCCUCAACAAAUUUAAGUAUCGACCAGUGCUCCACAACACUGUGCUUGGGAUUUGAAACCACUUUCAUUUACUACUUAACACUGUUUUAUAGAUAGAUAUUUCACACCAUGUUUGACAUGGGUAGGAAUACUAGGAGAGUUAAAUGUAAUAAGGAGACGUUAAGUUAGACGCUGGACACCAGUGACUGUAGCCACUAUUAAAGUCCACCUCCCAGCUGGACAGGUUUGAUGUGGACUAUAGGUAAACAGCUGGAGAGCCAAAGAUUGCUUUAAGGGAAUGUCUACCCACCUGCAGCGUCUUUAAACAAAAUUGCCCCUUCGCAAAUGUCCCCGUAGCUUCAGCUAUAAGCAGAAACCACGGAGGAGCAACAGUCACUGCACUAUGGGACAGCUGGCAAGAGCCAGGUUUACUGGAUUGCACAGGGUGGACAUCUUUAUACUGUGAUAUAAAGAGCUUUAGGAGGCGAGUAGUGUGAUUGAAACGUAUGAGGUUUUUCAAAGUAAGAAUGAGUGAAUGCAAUAAGCUAUAUACACUGUAUCGUGGAGGUAAAACUCAGACUUCACUGGAACUCUCUGCACAUGCUUUAAUACCAGAAGUAUUUGUUGUCUUUUAGUUUUAGGCGUGUUAAACUUUUCUCCUCAAGGUGAACAAGACACAGCCCUGACACAGACGUGUAAUUUAUAGAAGUGGUCACAUAUGCCGUGCUGACUAUGCUCUUACGAUGUUUGCAUUACGUGUAUAUAUUGUGGUGAUGGUGGAAAUAACAAGUAUAAGGGUAUUUGUUUAAAGUUAUUUGCUACUACUGAAGUUUUCUGAAAAGAUCUAGAUGAGAUUUCAGAAAGAAAACCCAUUGUAAAUUAUCAAUAAAAAUGCUAACGCAUGUUCCAACAUUGUC